UUUUUUUAUUUCACUAAAAGACGAUUUCACCAAUUUCCAGUUUGGCAAUUUUUAAGAAUCAUAAACAGAUUUUUUUCCCAGUGACCCUGUGAGUCGUAAACUGGAGCAAUUGCAGCUAAUUCUUGGAAACCCCAUAUUGGCAAUGGCUGAGUGAAUUUAACUAUAUUUCAGGGUUUUAUUUGCAGUUUUCUUUUCAGCCAAAGUUAUUCUGACUGGGAAAUUUCUCCAUUCACUAUUUUGGUUUUAGAGCUGAUGACUCUUUCAACAAUGUCCAAAAUUUCAGAUUCUUGGUAUAGUGUGCAAUGUAAGCUUCUUGAUGAUGAAGACAAUGUGGGUUUAGCUAAUUAAGUUAGAGGCUGUCAAAAGUGCAACGGCAGACACAAGAAUGAAUCUGAAGUGAAGCCAUGGAAACACUCCCUCAGCUCCCUGAAGACAUUAUUGUCAACAUACUGUCCAGGCUGCCUGUCAAAUAUCUGAUACAACUCAAGUGUGUAUCCAAGCCAUGGUUGUCUUUGAUCUCUGAUCCUCAGUUUGCCAAACUACACCUUGCACAGUCAAAGAAGAACAGCAUCAGCCAGAGGGUACUUCUCAUCUCUGAGCCUCUUGAAUCAGCAGCCUGUGAAGCUUCUGAUGAUGAUCUUGAUGAUGCAAGCAAACUAAUAUUUGAGCUUAAGUAUCCAGCAGCAAUGAAGAAGACUCCUGACUCUGUUGAAUUGGUGAAUGCUUGGCUUGAUUUAGGAGGGUCUUGUGAUGGCUUGAUAUGUGUAGUCUUUAAUGAUGAACGCAUCUUCUUGUGGAAUCCAACAAUUAGAGAAGCCUUGGAAUUGACAAAGCUCGGUCCUUUUGAUCCAAAGGGUACGUUCUCUUACGGUCUUGGCUAUAAUUGCUCAACUGAUGAUUACAAAGUAGUCAGAGUUGCUCGCCCUUCCCCUGCUGUUGCUUCUAAUGAAACUGAAGUCGAAGUCCUGGAAUUGAAAACUAACUUCUGGCGAAGGAUUCAGGGUCUCAAAUCUGGCAUAGAAAUAGAAGGAGAAGGGAUUUUUCUCCAUGGAGCAUUGCAUUGGUUAGCAUCAAGACAAACUGGUCCAAAAAAAUUUUAUGUAAUUGUUGCAUUUCACAUGGUAGAAGAGAAAUUCUAUGUAGUGGUGCCAAUACCAGAUAAUAUCAAAGAGAGCAGACAUGAUUUGCUGGUUUUGGGGAUUUCAGGAGAUUGCUUGUGUCUGUUCGAUGGGUGCGGUUAUGGCACUGUUUUGGAGGCAUGGCUGUUGAAGGAAUAUGGCGUCAAGUCCUCAUGGACUAGGUUGUUCAGUGUUCAGAGAGAAACUUUGCAGGGACUUGAAUACUGGGGGAAUGCGCUAUGCUAUACAAAAACUGGUAAAGUUGUAAUAGAUUAUGAUGGGAGGAAAUUAGUGUGGUAUGAUCCGAAGGAAAAGACAUCAAAAACUUUUACUCCACGCAAUGAAUGGGUUUGGUUUCAGCCUGCUGUCUAUAUUGAAAGCCUUGUUUCACCACAUUGUUGUUUGCUUACCAGUAGACACAAUGACAAAGAUAUUUGAGAGACAAUGAACGUAUCACAUGGCAUGAACUUCAUGUGCAGGCAUAACGGACCUAUUGUGUGGCUUGGACAUCACAUCGUAAGCAAGAGAAACCUAUCUUGGAAUGGUUAACAAAUGGGGACAAUGCCUGCUCUGAUAUAUGUAGAAGUUUUCCUUGUUCAAACAUGAAUAAGUAGCUAUGAAUUUGUAUUUUCUUUCGUCUGAUAGUAGCGUCUUAAUAUGAUACAAGCUGCAAAUCAUCUAUGUUGAAACCUUUUAAUGUUUAGAACCAAAAUUAUUAGAAGUCAGUUGGUUUGAUGGGACUGAAUUUUACAUUUUGAACAUAUAGAUUACUUUUGUGGUUAAUGGAUUGAUUAAGCUGUAAAUUAACAAGCAUGUACCAGAGUACUAACAUACUAUUCAGUCCACUUUUUUGCGCAAUAGAAGAGCUGUAUUUCAGAUUGCAAAAGAUAUAAAGAAUCAAAUAAAAAUAUGUACCGGGACUGAUUGGAGGAAUCAAGUGGAAAAGGACAAAAACUCAACCAAAACAAAGGUGUUUCUGCAAAAUAGGCUUGAUUGCUUGAAGAUCUGGGUUGAUAACAAUAAUUAAAUGAGCUUAAUGCAACGAUGCAGCAAAGAGGCUCAUUCUUCAAAUUGAAGGCAUUCCAUUUGCCACAAUAUUGAUAUUUCUGCUGCCUGUGUGUAUGCGCCAUAAGCAUAGAUUGCAUGACCAAAAGUCCCUGCAAAGUGUGUGAUUAACUCCAUAGCUUUCACCUAUGCCAAGAAUUCUAAAGCUGUAAGUGGCAAUUUAAUUGAAAACAAAAUUUUGAAGCUUUCAUGUAACUUGG